GACUGGUGUGUAUUUGUGUGUGCAUGUGUGUGUGUGUGUGCGCACACAGGCUGGUGACUGUAUGAGCCGGUGAGGAAACAGGAGCGUCGGAGAUAGGAGACUCCACACACACAGCAAAAUCACGAUGCUUACGCCUUUGCCCACUUCAACGGCGAAACGUGCUUGUUUUACCUGUUCUGCAUUUUGACGGCCAUGGAGCUCUCAAACAUCUCUGCUGCUCUCUCGAGAAACGGAUGAGAUUGAGAUUCUGGAACUAUUCCAUUAGGGCUCUUCUGGGGACUCUUUCCUUUUACUCCGACUGAUUCGUUGCCUUUCCUGCAAUGUUUUCCUCUCUGAAUGUAUUCAAAUGAAAGCAGAAGUGGACUUUCAGUAAGUGUCAGUCAUUCAUUUGGAAGUUUGACACUUGGAGCUGUUUGGAUCAAACAUGUGGAGCCAGUCAGGAUAUUCCAACCAUUACCAACCUCAUCCCGCUCACCCCUUUUACCAUGUGCCCUACAGCCAUAACCAGAGGACGACUACAUUCAUACAUCCAGUGACAGGCCAGAUCUCUGCUGAGAAUACUGAUUUCAGACUUCAGGACCAGACUGGCCGACACAUGCUGAAGCAGCAGCCACAGUCGACCACACGGCCCUCCAGCACCAUUAGUGAGGCCUCAACUGCCGUCACUUCUUCAACACUGGACACCACUUCAGGCUCAAAGGGAUCCAAGUCCAGUGGAAGGGUUCAUAGCUUUGGCAAACGGGAUCAUGCCAUAAAGCGGAAUCCCAGCGUUCCUGUAGUGGUUCGUGGAUGGCUCUACAAACAGGACAGCUCAGGGAUGCGACUGUGGAAGAGAAAAUGGUUUGUUCUAGCUGAUUAUUGCCUCUUCUACUACAAAGACAGUCGUGAAGAGUCAGUGCUGGGUAGCAUUCCUCUGCCCAGCUACACUAUCACUCCUGUAGGACCUGAAGAUCAUAUUAGCCGCAAAUAUGCCUUCAAGGCUACACACACAGGGAUGCGCUCCUACAUUUACAAACAAAGCUCUGUGAUUGGCUCGCAGGCGGAGCACACUGGGAUGAGGACAUACUAUUUCAGUGCGGACACACAGGAGGACAUGAAUGGCUGGGUCAGGGCCAUGAACCAGGCUGCGCUGAUGCAAACCCAUACAGUGAAGAGAGACGAGUCGGAUCAUCCAGAUCAAGUGAACGUUUCUGAGAAACUCAAGCAGCUGGCUGUUCCUCAGACCAACCACAUCAACAGCUACGUGAUUCCAGAGCCCGAGGUCAUCCAAAGUGACGGGCUGCUGGAGGAGAAGCAGGAAGGAUCUGUUGGAGAAGUGGAGAUUCAGGUUGCUCCAAGAGAGAUGGAGCCGGCGAGGGGUAAAUCUCCAGCGAGCAGGAUAGUGGAGGUGGAGGUUUUAGCUCCAGGGUCGACACCAGCAUCCCAAGUUCCCACUCGAGCUCCUUCCAGGGCCGUCUCGACCCCGCCAGUGCUGAGGAACGGUACACCCGUAGAGCAGAACGGAAAGCCUGGGUAUCAAAGUGGGCCUACACCAUCUUCUCAAACUCCUGUUCAGGUACAGAGGAGGAGUGCACUGGAGAAGGUGGAGAACUGGGUCAAAGUACAGAAGGAAGAACGCCAGGGGUUUGUAUCUACGGAUGGCACAAUUCCACGUCGAACCCCUUCUAUUCAUCCGAAGUAUGGCACAAUAGACAAAUACCAGUCUUUACCAAAGACCCACCAACUGCAAAGCCCACCCACUGCUCACCGUCAGUUGACCAGUGAAUACAAGUAUUCCCAUGACCGGCUUAAUCACUUCCAGAUGACCCACGGCCACAGCCAGCGACCUGCGACGCACGACAACACUGUGUGGCAGCUCUACGAAUGGCAACAGAGACAGCAGUAUCGCCACGGCAGCCCCACCGCCCCCGUGUACACUCCCGCUCCAGACUACUCCACCGCCGUAUCCUCCACCAGAGUCAACUCAGACGUUGCUCGCUCCAUUUCCGUACCUCCGACCCUGGCAGACAUCCCUCCACCCGGUCCUCCUGGGCCCAGACUGCUGUCUCCACGUAGACCCCACACACCUGCAGAACGGGUUACAGUCAAACCUCUGGAGGACAGGCCCACCGCAGAGGUGCCUCCAUCAAACUCUCCUCACCGUCGACGCUCCUAUAAGUCGGCCACAAUAGAAAGACGCUCAAUGCCUCCAUCCGGCUACAUCACACAUACAGUCAGUUCGCCCAGCCUGCAUGGAAAAACACCGGAGGAGCUCACACUUCUCCUCAUCCAGUUACGGAGACACCAGGCCAUGAUGGCAGGUGUGCGCAGCAGUGCGCUGCUCCACCUCCGGCAGUUGUCUCGGGUGAAGGCUGAUGACACAUACAUGGACUUGAAGAAGGACCUGGAAUAUUUAGAUCUGAAGAUGAAAAGUUUAGAGCCAUUGAUCCUCAUGGUUCACAGUGUGUUACAAACUUGCACUGCGGGGGGUUUGAGACCACUCUGGAACGUGAGUGGGACAGAGACUCUGAAAGGACGGCCGGCAAAGCCAGUGAAGGUGGCAGAAAGUGAUGUAGAUGUGACACUGAGUCGAUUGUGUGAGCAAGACAAAAUACUGCAAGAGCUUGAGUUCAGACUCAGUGGACUUAAGGAUGAUAAGGACAAGCUUGAGUCUGUUCUGGAUGUGUCCCACCAGCAGAUGGAGCAGUACAAGGAUCAGCCGGCUCAUGCUGAGAAGAUCGCCUACCAGCAGCGACUUCUUCAAGAGGACCUGGUGCAUAUUCGAGCUGACAUGUCUAGAGUUUCAACGGAGAUGGAGAGAUCGUGGGAGGACUACAGCAGGCUGGAGCAGUCAGUGGAACAGCUGAGGGACGUCCUGCAGACUCAGAUGAAUCUCUGCACAUCACCUCAGGAGAAAAAUCAGUUGAGGAGGGAACUCUGGAGGAUAGAGGAUGUGAUGACUGGACUGAGCUCAUCCAAAGAAACCUUCAAAAUCACCAUAGACUCAGUGAAGAACCCAGAGAGAAAACUUGUGCCUUCAAUGAUUGAGUCGACAGUGCCUUCUCAGUACAUGACCCCAUCCGCAGUCGAGGUACGGUCACCCCAACGCAGUCUUACCUCCAGUCCCUUAUCACUGCCCAUGUACAAUGAAGAUCUUCAUCAUCCUUACUCUGUGUCAAAAUGGGAAGAGGAUGAUGCUCCACCCAGACCACCAUUGCCCCUCCUCUAUGAUGAGGACACACCCCCUGUUGUCCCUCCCCUACCUAAAGAGACAUCGGUCAUCAGACACACCUCUGUCCGUGGCCUCAAACGACAGUCUGAUGAGAGGAAACGAGACAGAGAAAGCAGCUAUGUGAAUGGAGAUUGCAGGGUGGAACUGCGGUCGUAUCUGAGUGAACCAGAGCUUCCUGGAGCAGGAACAGAUCAAGUGGACCCAGGCUACCUGACUCUUCAACGAAGAGGUCUAUCAGGCUCUUCAUCCAGAAUAAACCAGUACGGUGUGACUUCCUAUUCACUAAGGAGAGCAGAUUCAGCGUUUUCGACAACAGAGAGACCAAAGAGUGCCUUGGAGCGGCUGUGUUUGGGAGAGUCUCAGCCUGAUCACCCGCCGCAGAGAGGGAGGAUGAGUGCGGAGGAGCAGCUGGAGAGAAUGAAAAGGCACCAGAGAGCUCUAGUGCGCGAGCGCAAACGUAACUUGAGUCAGGGUGAGCGACAGCCCGUGGGCUCCCGCACCUCCACUCGACCCGCCAGCUCUGACCCAGGAUCAGGAUGGAAAAAAGUCAUUGAUUUGCAGCGACCAAAAAAGGCCUUGUAUGAUGAAUCACAGCGGCCGGGAUCAGAUGAAUGGCUGACUGUUGAGGCCCGGCCAAUGAAUGCACAGGAGCUGGAGCCGGAGCUGGAGCCGGAGCCGGAGCCUGUGAACUUUGAGUUUGAUCUUACUCGGGAGCUGUGUAUGCCACAGAAGGUGUCCAUCCCAGAGCGCCUCAUGGAUGUGGAGUCAGAUGAAGACCUGAGUCCAGAAGAGAAGGAGACUCGUUCUCGCACCGUAGCAAAGAUAAAAAGCCUUCUGUCUAAGUCGAGUGGGAAGUCUAUGGAUGCUGAACUGGAUGAAGAGCUGCAGCAGCAGGAGAGGAUCAUGGGCGUUCAUCGAGCUCUCGCAAGAGAGGCCUCCAUCAAGAGGAAGCAGGUCACCGCCAGAGCCAUGUCUGAGUGCUAAAUCGUGCCGAGAAGCUUUCUUGGGAACCCAAAGAUCAAUUGUUUUCUGUGUGUUUUUUGUACCUAAUACAUAUUUAUAAUUCAGAUCCAAUCAUUCAGGUUCUCUGUAGUUCAAACUUUUAUAUAUAAGAUUGUUUUUUAUUAAUUUUACUGGUGAGCACUUUGAAAGUUAAACUUUCAGUUUUACAAUUCUGACAUAGUUGACAUUUUUAUCACCAUGUACUCAUGACGUAAGGUACUUAUACUUUUGCAGUGUUGUGUAUUAUGUAUAAAAAUAUUUAAUUUUAUUUAGAUUGUGGAGUACACUGCAUUUCAUUUCAGCAAAACUGAGUCUUUAUAUAUAAUUGAUCAUUACAACUUCACAAUUUUCAUACAUUGAACGACAAUAGAGCUCAAGCUCUAAAUAAAGUUUGUUUGUAUAAAUA